AUGGAAGAGGAUUCACCCACACCAUUCGAGGAUGCCCUGGAGAGAACUGGGAAUGGACGCUAUAACUAUUUGCUGGCUGCGACCUGUGGUCUGGUUCUCCUGGGUAUGGGAACCGACAUGUUCGGCUUCGGAUUGGUCGUGGCUUCAGCUUGUGAUCUCAACAUCACAGUCUCUCAGAAAGGGAUACUUACAUCACUGCCGUUUAUCGGUAUCCUGCUAGUGUCGUAUAUAUGGGGCUACAUAUCAGACACUCGCGGCCGGCGGUUCUCCCUGAUCAUCUCAGUCCAGGCUGGGUUCCUCCUCUCCUGCCUCGCCAGCAUCACCACCAACUGGUUAUUCCUGGCCUUCGUUAAGUUCUUUUCAGUUUGUUUCUCCUGUGCUAUCAAUUCCGUAGCUUACACCCUGGUGGGCGAGUCGUGUGUUCAGCGAGUGAGAAGCAAGUACAUGUUGAUGAUGACCUGCUUCGUCGUGCUAUCUCCUGGAAUAGCUGCCCUGUUAACAUACCCAACUCUGUCACUGAACUUCGAAAGUGAUGUACCUCUAUUAGGGAUCAAGUUUACUCCAUGGCGUCUCCUUAUGAUAGUACUGGCGAUACCCAUGGGCAUUGGGGGAAUUGUCAUCUGCUAUUUCCACGAAUCUCCCAAGUUUCUAGUCAACGUCGGUAGACAGGAGGAGGCAUUAGAAGUCUUGAGGUCCAUCUAUGCGAUUAACAACAGGAAAUCUCGUGUCAAGAGUGAUUUUCAGGUAAAAUCAAUAUACCUGGAAGAUUCGGUGUGCACGAAGGAUUAUUCGUUAUUGAAGAAAGCCUACGAGCAGAGUGCACCGUUGUUCAGACCUCCUCUUCUGUGGCGAACCUGUCAGCUGUUCUUCAUAGUCUCAGUUAUAUAUUUCACUAACAACAGUCUCCUGGUGUGGCUUCCAUACGUUCUGAAUAUGUUAAAAGUGACUCAGUCACAGGCAGAUUACACCAAAGGUGAUGUCUGUACACUCAUCUCCGUUAAACCUGAACCUGACAAUUAUACAAUAGAAGCUAAUCAUACUAAGAUUACUCCAGAUAUUUGUUUGGGUUAUAUUGAAGACAACGUGAUCAUAACCCUCGUGGCGUCAGCGAUGGUCUAUUCGUUCUUAAACUUCGCGCUGUCCUACCUCAUGAGGUGGAGACGCGUGGUGUUGAUUUCCAUCCUCGUUAUAUCUGCAUUGAGUGGAGCUCUAUUGAAUCUGAUGCCGGAGCCUAUCUCCAGCGUGUUUCUAUUCAUGGCAUUCUCUUGCACCAAUCAGGCUAUGGGCAUUAUGGCGGCGUAUUUCGUGGAAUUAUAUCCAACAUCUUGCAGGGGUAUGGCUUCCUGCCUCAGCAUCAUGGUGGGUCGAACAAGCACGUUCGUUGGUAUCAACGUGGUUGGUAACCUCAUCUUCUAUCACUGCCACAUCACAUUCUAUAUAUGGUCGCUGGUGGUGUUCAGUAGCGCGAUUGCUGCGUGGUUCCUACCCCCCGACAAACCACUGCCAAGCAGAACGUAA